CUUAUUGUCACAAGUGUAAUGCAGGCAGGCCAUAGCCUUGAUCGACAUUUCGUGACCAGCUAUGAUUUUCUUUUCAAUGGAGUGUUGACGUUCAGAGAAGAGUUGCAGUUUGUUUCUCGCCUUCGAUAUCUACAUCGUACGGAUGUACGUAACACAAAGCACGCA